CUUCGCUCCUCCAGCCCUUUUGUGGCUGCGUACCCCGCCCUAGAGGGGCUGCCGGGAUUGGCAGAGGGCGCUGGGCGAGGCAAGGAGAGGCCCCCUGAGGGGGCGAUUGCCUGGUGUGACGCUGAUGCCUUUCCCUCCCCGCGGAACCUGAGUUGUGCGGGUCUGUUUCCAGUCGGGGCUAGUUUCACGUCAUGCUCCCUCCUCCCCCGCGACGGCGGCUGGCGUCCUGGAGACGGACGGAGGCCGGGAAGGAGCGGCCGCGCGCUGGGAAGAUGCUGAGUCCGGAACGCCUUUCCCUGCCCGGGCCCGAGUACCUGGCUCAGAGACAUGUCCUCACGUACAUGGAGGAUGCAGUGAGCCAGCUGCUGGAGAACAGAGAAGAUAUUAGUCAAUAUGGCAUUGCCAGAUUCUUCACUGAAUAUUUUAACAGUGUGCGUCAAGGAACUCACGUUUUGUUCCGAGAGUUCAGCUUCAUCCAAGCCACACCCCACAACAGGGCCUCCUUCCUACGGACCUUCUGGAGAUGCUUCCGAGCAGUGGGUAAAAAUGGAGAUUUGCUUACAGCGAAGGAGUACCACUGUCUGCUGCAGCUGCUCUGCCCUGACUUCCCAGUGGAACUUACUCAGAAGGCAGCAAGGAUUGUGCUCAUGGAUGACGCCAUGGACUGCUUGAUGUCCUUUUCUGAUUUCCUCUUUGCCUUCCAGAUACAAUUUUACUACUCAGAGUUCCUGGAGAGCGUUGCUGCCAUUUAUCAAGAUCUGUUGACUGGUAAGAAUCCGAACACUGUGAUUGUGCCAACAUCAUCCUCUGGGCAGCACCGUUCACGCCAGGCUCCGAGUGAGUGCAGCCCACUUGAUGGGGUGGAGGCAUCUCUGUUCUACCACUGCCUAGAGUCCCUGUGUGAUAGGUCAAAAUACAGCUGUCCCCCAUCUGCCCUUAUCAAAGAGGUGCUGAGCAGUGUACAGAGACUGACCUUCUAUGGAUUCCUUAUGGCUCUUGCAAAGCAUCAUGGGAUCAACAGAGCCCUAGGGGCUCUGCCAGAUAAAGGAGACCUGCUUUUCGACCCUCCCAUGGAUCAGGAAUUGGAGAAAUUACUGUCUCAGGUUUCAGGUCUCUCCAUCUCCACUCCAGCCGGCUCCAGUGGGGACAUUGCGAACCUGCCUACCCGCACCUCCCCCAGAAUCAGCUCACCCUGGAAACCUCUUCACUACCGCCAGAAAGUGGAUACAGAGAGCGAUGGCUCCACCGAUGAGACAGAAUCCUCUGAGAACUAAUCCCCCCCCAGCUUCCCCUAGACUCAUGUGUGGGAAUAGCACCUCAUUCCAGAUGCUGAAAGGUGUUGGCAUUGCCUCUGAAGAUGGGUCCCACCCAUUCUGCACCUGCAUCUAGGUGCAGGUACAUCCACACCAUUCCCCAUUACCAGGGCCACCAAUCCCAUCCCAGCCAAAACCACACCAUUCUCCUAUCCCCUAAUUAGCUGAGGAAUCUCUCAUCCAGAGGCCACUUCCAGCUGUAGAGUUAUGCUGCCCUCUGCUGGCAUAUCAGACAAACCAGUAGAAGCAUGCUCUGGGAAGACCUCUCUGCUCAAUCUUCCUCUUAUUCAGAGAGUGGUAGGAAAUUUUUCUGCAGUUGGUCUCACCCUGGUGCAGUUGGACAGAUGCUAGCAACAGUGGGUGUUUUGUUGUGUAACUCUGCUCAGACCUGAUGUAGACAAUCUGGUGGUUAGCAGCUGGUCUACACUAGUGCUUUUACUAUAAUUACUCCUGACAGAGCUACAUCUGUGCUAGAGCAGUGGCAGGAGAAGUUCCUAAAGUUAGAAAAGACCUAGCUGUUGUUCUCUUCACACCAUCAGUGUUUUCUCCUCACAGGGAGUGUCCAAGAGAUACCAAAGUAAAAGGACACAAGAUUUCAGUUAAUAAGUACUAUACCAUUGUAGUACUCAAGUUGUAGUUGUAGUAUAGAUGUAUGGCUUAUCUAAGUUUGUGAGGUGAAGAACACCUGGAGUAGUUCAUCUGAGGUUUGGGAUUAAAUUGGGCAAUGCUAUGCAGCCAAAAGUUAGGCUCCAUUUAAUGGCAUCAGGAUGUACUUGGCCCUAGGGCGAUCUGUUAUAAGAAUAAGCUUGCUCAAAUCCUCCCCAGCCUGUGCCACUGCACCAGCCCCAGCUGAGAAGAGCUGGUAGGAAGGUUAUUUAUGAAUUGUAAUUUAUUUUAUGUAAGCUGCUGUAACGGUCCUGUCAGUCUUUGAGUAACUACACAAUCUAGGGAAUAAAGCACUUAGUGCAAGGUGAA